AUGGUACCGGAAGCGAGCGGGAACGAAAUUUACGACUCGAACGAAAGUAAUCUGCUCCGGACACCGCUCGACCGAGGGCCACACUUUGAUUUGUCUGCCUCGAAGAACAUUACUGCGCUGGUCGGGAAGACGGCCUAUCUCAACUGCCGGGUGAAGAACAUCGGCAACAAAACGGUGUCCUGGGUGCGGCACCGUGACAUUCAUCUGUUAACCGUAGGUAGAUUCACCUAUACAUCCGACCAGCGAUUCCAAGCUGUACAUAAUCCCCAGACCAACGAUUGGUCGCUACAAGUAAGUGCUGUCAUGCCCUAG